AGCAGCAAGCUGCAGGGCUAUUUGUCGCUUGCUAGGUAGGAGCAGGUGAACCUGUUUACUUAUCUACUCACAAGCAGUUUGUCUGCGUGCGCCCGGAGUGGGGAAGGUGUAGCAUGGAGCAGCCCGUGCAAACACACAUGUGGAAAGCGCAUACUUUACAGGAGCUUAUCCGGAUCCUGCAUCACAUAUUUUCUAGCGAUAAAGCCAAUAUAGAAGAAGUGCAGGCCUUAAUGGAAUCGUAUGAGAGCAAUCCUGCAGAGUGGAUGAAAUAUGCCCAAUUUGACCAAUACAGGUAUACAAGAAAUCUUGUGGAUAAAGGAAAUGGAAAGUUCAACUUGAUGAUCUUAUGCUGGGGUGAAGGGCAUGGCAGCAGUAUUCAUGAUCACACAGACUCACACUGCUUUAUGAAGAUCCUUCAGGGGAAUCUAAAAGAGACUCUGUUUGAGUGGCCUGGAAAAAAAGGGACUGGAGCAAUGACUAAGAAGUCAGAACGUGUUUUGGGAGAAAAUCAAUGUGCCUAUAUCCAUGACUCCAUUGGCCUGCACCGGGUAGAGAACACAAGCCACACAGAGUCUGCUGUUAGUCUACAUCUGUACAGCCCAGCCUUUGACAACUGUAACACCUUUGAUCAAAGAACUGGACACAAGCACAAAGUCAAAAUGACAUUCUAUAGUCAGUUUGGAGAAAGGACUCCAGGGGCAACAGCAGUGUCACAAGAGAACAACUGAGAAGCACUAGAAUGAAUAUGCUAAGGCCUGCUGAAUAUUUGCCCAGGGACUAAAGAAUUGUAUAGCUGAUGCCAGCUUUAGCUGAGUAACCUGUGCAUAGAAAUACAGUAGGGAAGCCUCCUGGCAAUAUGUAGUUAUCCUGAAUGAAUACUGCUUAUGGAAAGUCUAAGGUGACUAGUGCUGUAAGCUGCUACAGGGGUUAGAUGCCUUUACAUAGGCUGUUGUAAAGUCAGAAUCAAGUAUCUUGUUUUUCUGAUCCUAGCCUCUUUUUUUAAAUUCCAAAUUUGAGACUCUACUGAGAAUAUCAGUAAUAGGCUUUUAAAACACCAUUUGCCUCUUUAAAUAGGGUUUUUUUUUUUAUGUGGUAUGUGUGCUCAGUGUAUUUAGUUAUCUAAAUUUUGUAGCUUCAAGUCACCAUUAAUAAUAUGUACCCAUUUGUAAUGUAUUAGGUACUAUUAACAGCAGUUGUCUUGUUUUUUAAAUUACCGGUAAGUCUCUUUAUGUUUUAAUGCUCUGGAUUUUGGUAGUUGUGCAUUUUUUUUAUUUUAUUUUUAAAAAAUAUAAUUUGUCAGAUCUGUUUUUAAACAGGACCAAUAAUGCAGUUCAUGUACAACACUGUUUGAAAAGUUAACUGAUUUGGAGAAAGGUCUGGGUUUUUAACCAGACGAAUUAUGUCUAAUAUGGUUAAUAUCCAGUUUCCAGAGUUCUGUUGUAUAGCUACUGAAGUCCUUAGGGUAACCUAAAUAAAACUGGAUUUGAGUACAAAUUUCAAAA